UCUGAUUUUCAUCUGUCCCAUCACACAGCUGCUACUCCACUCUGACUUUCUCUCUCCUCCUCCACCCAAAAUCAGCACUCUUCUUCUUCUUCUCAGUUUAUCACUCAAGUUCUCCGCUCCACUCUCUGUCCUACUCCUCUUUCCUCAUUAUUUUGCGUCCUCUCUUAAAACAUGCAAUUUCUCAAAAUUAAACACUUUGUAAUUCUGUAAAUUGACCAAAAACCAGAACAAUGAGCUCCAGAAAAACAACCAUUUUUGGGUUAAGCUUAUGGGUUAUUUUGGGUAUUUGUGUUGGAGCUGGAAUUGUCCUCUUUCUCUUCUUAAUUUCUCUCUGGUUCAUCUCAAGGCGCAACAACAACAACAACAAAAUCAAGAAUGCCAAUUAUAUUUUGGGUUUAACUCAAGCUCAAACUCAAACUCAAAAACCCAUAAUCCCCAACAUUUCCAAGGAAAUUUCAGAAAUUCGAGUUGAAAGUCCAGCAUUGGUAACGGGUAUUGCGUCGAACCAGAAGGCGGUGGUACAGAUUGAGGAGGGUCCGAUUGGGCAUAAAAGGAUUCACAUAGAGAUUGGGAAGGACCACAGGAUAUCGUACCCGGAACGAGUAACCGGGUCGUCGUCUUAUGGGAGCGGGGAGCAAAACGGGUUGUCAGGUCCUGAAGUAUCGCAUUUGGGUUGGGGACAUUGGUACACGUUGAGAGAGUUGGAAGAAGGUACAAAUGGGUUUGGUGAUGAGAAUGUGAUUGGUGAAGGUGGGUAUGGAAUUGUUUAUCAUGGGAUUUUGAGUGAUAAUACUCAUGUGGCUGUCAAAAAUUUGCUAAAUAACAGAGGUCAAGCAGAGAAAGAAUUCAAAGUUGAAGUGGAAGCAAUUGGACGUGUUCGCCACAAGAAUUUAGUCAGAUUGCUUGGUUAUUGUGCUGAAGGAGCUCAUAGGAUACUUGUAUACGAGUAUGUAGACAACGGGAACUUAGAGCAGUGGCUUCAUGGAGAUGUGGGGCCUUUUAGUCCUCUUACAUGGGAAGCUCGCAUGAACGUUCUGAUUGGGACGGCAAAAGGAUUGACUUACUUGCACGAGGGGCUGGAGCCUAAAGUGGUUCACCGGGACAUUAAGUCGAGUAACAUAUUGCUUGAUAAACAAUGGAACUCGAAAGUGUCUGAUUUUGGCCUAGCAAAGCUCCUGGGAUCAGAAAAGAAUUACGUGACAACCCGUGUGAUGGGAACUUUCGGGUAUGUUGCUCCAGAGUACGCGAGUACGGGUAUGUUGAAUGAAAGAAGUGAUGUGUAUAGCUUUGGCAUUCUUCUAAUGGAGAUCAUUUCUGGGAGAAACCCUGUGGACUACAGCCGCCCGGUUGGAGAGGUGAAUCUAGUGGAUUGGCUGAAACAGAUGGUUUCAAAGAGAAAUGCAGAGGGUGUGUUGGAUCCUAAAUUACCAGAGAAGCCAUCUUCAAGAGCACUGAAGCGUGUCUUGCUAGUAGCUUUACGUUGUGUAGAUCCAAAUGCACAAAAGCGUCCAAAGAUGGGUCAUAUAGUACAUAUGUUGGAAGCUGAAGAGCUUCCUUUCCGCGAUGACCGUAGAACUUCACGGGAGCACUUAAUUUCAGGUCAGAGUACUGCAAGAGACAGAAUGAUGAUUGAAUCAGGAGACAGUAGCGGAUACGAAAGUGGUGUCUCAAUUUCUAGAUUGCCAUGGAGAAAGCAAGAAACAGUGGAAGAGAACUAAAUGUGUGUGGUUUGUAUAGCUAAGUAAUUAAUUACAUGUUCGCUUGCAUUCACUUGAACACAAGUUCAUAUUUGAACUGUAGGCAACUAAUGAGUAAUGACUUAAUCUGUUCAAUUCAGUGAAAUCACUCCAUACAGUGAUACCACCAUUUUUGUGACCUUUGUUCUUCCUAAGUAAUUGUAUUUGAGGGUAGAAAUACACAGAGUAGAAUUAUGGUUCAGAUGCUAGAUAGGUACUGUACUUGCACUCUGAAACAUUAUGUGUUUAGGAUUUAUGUAACUAUUUAAUAAUGUUUAUACGUAGUUUGGAACGAAAGGAACAUAAA